GAAACCAAACCCGGAAGUGUGCGUCAGCUGCGUGAUGUCGGAAGCUUUCGCGACUCUGCUGGAUUUAUACCUAAACGAAAGGAAAACUAGCCAGAUCUAAGCUUAUUUUAUUACAUUUACGACGUGAGAGCGAGCUGUCGCUGCUCCUGAGGGUCACCAUGAGUAACAGCCACCCCCUGCGCCCCCUAGCAUCAGUGUCGGAGAUUGACCACAUCCAUCUCCUCUCUGAACAGGUGGGGGCGCUAGUGCUGGGUGAGGAGUACAGUGACGUCACCUUCAUUGUGGAGGGCAAACGUUUCCCGGCGCACAGGGUCAUUCUGGCUGCACGAUGCCACUACUUCAGAGCGCUGCUGUAUGGGGGGAUGAAGGAGUCUCGUCCUCAGGCGGAGGUGUGUUUGGAGGAGACCCGUGCUGAAGCCUUCUCGAUGCUGUUGAACUACCUGUACACAGGCCGUGCCUCUCUCAGCGCCGCUCGGGAGGAGGUGCUGCUUGACUUUCUGGGGCUGGCGCACAGAUACGGUCUCCAGCCACUAGAGGACUCCACGUCUGAGUUCCUGCGCACGGUGCUGCACACUCAGAAUGUGUGUCUGGUGUUUGAUGUGGCAAGUCUGUACGGUCUGAGUACACUCAGUGCGGCCUGCUGCUCCUACAUGGACAGACACGCCCCCGACGUGCUGAGCUCAGAGGGCUUCCUUAUGCUCUCCAAGACGGCGCUGUUGACGGUAGUGACGCGGGACUCAUUUGCGGCCUCAGAGAAGGAGAUCUUUCUGGCUCUGAGUCGCUGGAGCCGCCAUCAGGGGGAGGGGCCAGAGACACAAGAAGUGAUGUCAGCAGUGCGGCUACCUCUCAUGACGCUAACAGAGAUGCUAAACGUGGUGCGACCUUCAGGGCUUGUGAGUCCAGACGAUCUGCUUGACGCCAUCAAGACCAGAUCUGAGAGCCGGAAUAUGGAUCUAAACUACAGAGGAAUGCUCAUCCCAGAGGAGAACAUUGCCACGAUGAAGUUUGGGGCUCAGGUGGUGAAGGGGGAGCUGAAGUCGGCUCUUUUAGACGGAGACACUCAGAACUAUGAUCUUGAUCAUGGUUUCAGCCGACACCCCAUCGAAGAGGACGGGCGGGCAGGCAUCCAGGUUAAACUGGGACAACCAUCCAUCAUCAACCACAUAAGACUACUGCUGUGGGACCGGGACAGCAGGUCAUAUUCGUACUACAUCGAGGUCUCCAUGGACGAACUGGACUGGAUCAGAGUUGUGGAUCACUCGAAGUUCCUCUGUCGCUCCUGGCAGAACCUGUUCUUCACCCCUCGAGUCUGCAGAUACGUGAGGAUAGUGGGGACCCACAACACAGUGAACAAAGUGUUCCACCUAGUGGCCUUCGAGUGCAUGUUCACCAACCGCUCGUACACUCUGGACAACGGCCUGCUGGUGCCCAGUGAGAACGUGGCCACAGUUGCUACCUGUGCCAGUGUUGUGGAGGGAGUGAGUCGCAGCAGAAAUGCCUUGCUCAACGGUGACACAAGAAACUACGACUGGGACUCAGGCUACACCUGCCACCAGCUUGGCUCUGGGGCCAUAGUCAUCCAACUCGCACAGCCCUACUCCAUCAGUUCCAUGAGGCUGUUGCUAUGGGACUGUGAUGAGCGCUCCUACAGUUAUUACAUUGAAGUGUCCACAAACCAGCAGCAGUGGACCAAAGUGGUGGACCGGACCCGGGUCUCCUGUCGGUCAUGGCAGACUCUCAAGUUUGACAGACAUCCAGCCUCCUUCAUUCGAAUCGUGGGAACUCAUAACACUGCGAACGAGGUGUUCCACUGUGUUCACUUCGAGUGCCCGGUGCAGGUGGACUCUGACGUGGUGGAGGAAAGUCCUGGCUCAAAUCCUGGUUCAAAUCCAAGUCCAGACCCUGCAGACCCGGCCUCUCAAUCCAGACCCCCGAGACCCAAUAGAUCUCUAAACCAGAUGCCCUCCCUGCCCUCAUCCUCCUCCUCAUCACAUCACUAACACCAGUUCAUAGACACAUUCAGUGGCACUUAUGGUCAGGCUUAAAGCUACAACAAAAAAUACUGUACAUUUAUUUUACUAUUAUUUAUUU